AUGGCUCUCACGGAACAGACAGCCCCGCCCCAGGCUUGGGGUCGCUGGCAGCAACAGCCCGCCGGCCACGACUACGCAAUGAUGGAUAACACAGCCUUUGUGCAGUACGACUCGAGAGCGGCUACCUCUGCUCCCAUGAACGGUGCUAUCAUGGCUCCUCAGUACAUGGUUGGAUCACACUACGGCGUUGCAUCUAUGCCCGCAAUGGGUCACCAUUGCCCGACUCAGAACCACUUCGCGUAUGCCCAAUAUGAAUCACCUCCGAACAACAUGAACAUGCCCUUCAGAGUACCAGCUCAACAAGAACGACCGAUCAUGCCCGUGGCAGCUCCGGAGCAUGAAGUCCCGCGCGCCAGCUCCUAUCCUCAGGAGUCACCUCUGGGACAAACCGACCGACACCGCAGCCCAUCAACCCGAAGCGAGACAAAGAUGAGCAACCCAAAGACACCCCAUCCCCUCAACACCAAGGAAAUCAAGUUCAACAAGCCCACGAGCGCGGAUGCGGUGAACUUCACAACUGCCAUCGACACUCUCAUGAAGGCGAUUCAGAAGAGGCACGACACGGAUGAUAUCGUCAAGGGCGUCCCAGAAACCGAAAAGGUUGUCAAGCCGGAGCCCAGAUCUCCCAAGCCGACCCCGGCUGUUUCGGCUCCUACGCCCUCUACAACAACGGACUCGUCGGAUGCUCCCAAGACCAAGCGAUAUGUUUGUGACAUUGAUGGUUGCGGCAAGAGCUUCUACCAAAGCACCCACUUGGACACUCACAAGCGCGCUCACACUGGUGAAAAGCCAUACCAUUGCCAAUGGCCGCACUGUGACCGAACUUUCUCCCAGCCUGGUAACCUCAAGACUCAUAUGCGCCGCCACACUGGCGAAAAGCCUUUCCGCUGUGAACAAUGCAGCAAAGUCUUUGCUCAGCGUGGCAACCUCCAGACACACAUGGCCACGCACACCAAUGCAAAGCCAUUCGUCUGCAAGCUCGAUUCAUGCAACAAGAUGUUCACCCAAAGAGGCAAUCUCAAGAACCACCAAAACAAGUACCAUGAGAAGACCCUCAUGGAAAUGACCGACUGGAUCGUCUCCAUUUCCGAUAUCGACGGCUUGUCCGAUGACCAACGAGAGAUGUACUGGUACUUCGCCAACCUCUACAAGAACAGCAACAAGGGUAUCAAGGGCCGUGGCAAGGAUCGCAGGGUCAGCAACCGUGUCUCAAAGUCCAGGACUGCUCCCUCAUCCUAUCCCGUCAAGCGCGUUCCCAAUCCCGCUAGCCUCGCAGCAUACAGCUCGAAGAGAUUGCCUCCCCCGGAGCAGUACAUGCAACAUCACCAGCACGGCUACGAGGUUUACGACACGGACAUGGACCAGUCCUCGAGCGCAAGCAGCCCUAGAUACGACGGCAUCCCUGCUACCUACCGAGACCGCAUGUACCACCAGUCCAGUCAUGCCAUCUACUAA